AUGGGCUUUGAGGAUGAAGUGGAUGGAUCCAGGGCAAGGGACGGUAGUGGAGAUGGCACAGCCAGCCAGACCCCGGAGAAGGCUCUGGCUGGCACAGUGAAGGAGGCAGCCUCUGUCACGGAUGGGGAGAGUGCUUCACCAUGCAAGACACCACUCAUCUGCUGUGCAGAUGGCCUGGAUCGGGACACCUUUAAAAUUUGCAAGGAGUUUUUCAGACCCUUUAAGAAGUCACUUAGGAAGCUGCAUUUGCCCCAGCACCUCCCCAAAGAGAAGAAAAUGAAGCACAUGAGGGAAAGUUUGGCCAUAAUCGGCGGCCGCAUCGAUCUGUUCCUCCAGCAGUACUGCAGAGCCUCAGAAGUCAAGCACUGGCAGCAGAUGUUGUGGAGCUUUGUCUGCCUCUUCUCAGAGAUGGAUGCCAAGCAACUGCAGAAGCUGCACAGGUACAUCAAGAAGAACCAGAUGGCUAAGUUUCUGCAAUUAUGCUGUCCUGCAGAAGAUCCAGAUUCAGUUCCAAGACCCAGAGAAGAUGAACUGAAGCAGCUUUAUAUCAGCUGGGGUCUCUCCAGAGGUACAAGUGACCUGCAGGAGAGGCUGGCUCAAAGAGACAGACACCACCAACACGGCCACAAAGUCAGCACCCAGCAGCAAGGAGGACAGGUGAGAGGUACUCACAUAGCCAGCGCUGGCAUGAAGCAGGAGAAGCAUCUUCCUGCUGGAGUAGAACCGCCUACACUGGGAACUUCUGCUGAAGGGUCAGCAGGUGAGGAUGUGACCAGUGGCGGAGCAGAGUGCACUGCUCUCUCAGACACGGCACCAGGGGAACAGCAGCAAGAGAAGCUCCUACAAUACAACAUAAGGCAGUAG